UGUUCGUUUUACAAAUCGAUAUCAUGGCUCGUACAAAGCAAACCGCUCGUAAAUCAACCGGAGGAAAGGCUCCCCGAAAACAACUCGCCACCAAGGCAGCACGUAAAAGUGCCCCAGCAACUGGUGGAGUCAAGAAACCUCAUCGUUACAGACCCGGUACAGUCGCUCUUCGUGAGAUCCGUCGUUACCAGAAAUCUACCGAGUUGUUGAUCCGCAAGCUGCCCUUCCAGCGUCUCGUCCGUGAAAUCGCUCAGGACUUCAAGACCGAUCUYCGCUUCCAGAGCUCUGCUGUCAUGGCCCUUCAGGAGGCUAGCGAGGCUUACUUGGUUGGUCUGUUCGAGGACACCAACUUGUGCGCCAUUCACGCCAAGAGAGUCACCAUCAUGCCCAAGGACAUUCAACUUGCCCGCCGCAUCCGUGGCGAGAGAGCUUAAGCUAGUUCUCAAUCAAACAAAACAACGGCUCUUUUAGGAGCCACCACAUGCUUAUAGAGUCAAUGAUUUGYAAUGUUGUCCAGCUUAAAUAUUCACAACAGUAACCCCUUUCUAGUCUGUAGCAUAGAACAUACAUACAAGGACAAAAUGAAACAUACAAACGAUUGGUUUUCGCUUCCACCUUAAGUUUAUUACCGAAGGUCGCCUACAAAUAAAGGCGAACCAAAUCGCGUACCGUAAGAGUUUGACUUAAGGCGCUCAUCGAUUGAGAGUGCAUAGCCGUURCCUUCAUUGUUUUGGCGCCAAAACGUUUUCAACGGUCUAAAAUUGUCACGAAUUCUAGGCGGAUAGAAACUCRUGAUAUUCCUGGCUUACAUGUUAUAUUGUACAAGGGUACAAGUAAAAAGCAUAUGCUAGUACCAAUAAAAACUAGAAAAUUU